AUGGCGCGAGCCGACCAGCCGCAGGACAAGACCAAGACGGAGCAGCGGAUUGGCGCCUACACCGUCGUCCGGACCUUGGGCGAGGGCUCCUUUGGCAAGGUGCGGCUGGCCAUCCACAACGGCACCGGCCAGAAGGUCGCCCUCAAGAUCAUCACCAGGAAGAAGCUCAUCAGCCGCGACAUGGCCGGCCGCGUCGAGCGCGAGAUUGAGUACCUGCAGCUGCUGCGGCACCCGCACAUCAUCAAGCUCUAUACCGUCAUCAAGACUCCGUCCGAAAUCAUCAUGGUGCUCGAGUACGCAGGCGGCGAGCUCUUCGACUACAUCGUCCAGAACGGCCGCAUGAAGGAGGCAGAGGCACGCCGCUUCUUCCAGCAGAUGAUCUGUGCCGUUGAGUACUGCCACCGCCACAAGAUCGUCCACCGCGACCUGAAGCCAGAGAACCUGCUGCUGGACGAGAACCUCAACGUCAAGAUUGCCGACUUUGGCCUGAGCAACAUCAUGACCGACGGCAACUUCCUCAAGACGAGCUGCGGCAGCCCCAACUACGCCGCCCCCGAGGUCAUUGGCGGGAAGCUCUACGCCGGCUCCGAGGUCGACGUAUGGAGCUGCGGCGUCAUCCUCUACGUCCUUCUCGUCGGCAGGCUACCCUUUGACGACGAGCACAUCCCCAGCCUCUUCGCCAAGAUUGCAAGGGGCACCUACAGCAUGCCGCAGUGGAUGCCUCCGGGCGCGGCCGCCUUGAUCAAGGGCAUGCUGGUGGUCAAUCCCGUGCAGCGCAUGACGAUUGACGAGAUCAGGGCCGAUCCGUGGUUCAACACCGACUUGCCCGCGUACCUGCAGCCUCCCGUCGAGGAGUUUUUCAACACCGGCGUCGAUCCCAACAAGGCAAUCAAGAAGAGUGAUAUUGCGCCCAAUGCUCCCGAAAAGGUGCAGGAGAAGCUGCAUAACGAAGUGACCGAAAAGAUUAGCAAGACCAUGGGCUAUGGCAAAGACGACGUGGAGGAGGCUCUUCAGUCUGAUGAGCCUUCCGCUAUCAAGGAUGCCUACAUGAUUGUUCGAGAAAACAAGCUCAUGCUAGCGAACAACCCAGACGCCGGCCUCACUGGGGACGAAGGCAGUCCUAUGAUGAGUAUAUCUUCUACACGAUCCGCCAUUUCGCCAGGAGGCGCGUCCCCUCGUCCGUACGUCACCAAGAUCGGCAUUCUACCCAGCAGUCUUCCUGCCUACCACAAGGAUUACAUGGAGAGGGAAAAGAACGGGACCGGCCAUGACCCCGUUACUCCGGCCAUCACCAUCAACGACGAGCUGCCCGUCACUCGCACUGAGGUUGAAAAAGAGGAGGCGGCGCGUCGUUUGAAUCCUCACUCCCGCAGUGCUCUGCGUCUGGACGAGUCCAGCAAACGCCCGCAGGGCAUGACACCCAUCACCGCCCCAGUCAAGAAGCCCAAGCCUGUGCGCUGGCAAUUUGGCAUAAGAUCUCGCAAUGCGCCAUGGGAGGCUCUCCUUUGCAUCCACAAGGCCCUGAACAAGCUUGGCGCAUCCCAUCUCCGCGACGAAGGCUACGAUGAGGCGCAACGCAGAGGGGUCGAAGAUGCCACAAGCCGCGAUAGCAGCUUCGCAAACGGCGCCCCAUUAGAAAGAGAUCCGAACGGGCAUGACAAGGAUCCCACGAAGAGGUAUAAGCUGCCUGCAGAUCCGUGGCAUAUCCAGGUCAGAUGGCCAUCAACAAGCAUGCAAGCAGGGGCGGAUCGUCGAGAUGAGCUCGGUUCCAAAGCCGGAUCUCCCGACAGCUUCGUCUACACUCGCGGAGAUGCGGCCUCACGCAAGGACUUUGUCGCCUUGCAUAUGGACAUCCAAAUCUAUGAGAUGGAGCAGGGGGUCUAUCUCGUGGACUUCAAGUGCUCGGGCUACGAGACCCAGGACGGAAGGCUGCUCGAGGAGAAGGAGGUCACCAGUCCGUUUCCGUUCCUGGACCGGGCCGCCAAACUGAUUAUGCAGCUGGCCGAGGCCGACUAGGUUCGCCGCGGAUUCGCUGCAUUUGCUGAGCGGCUUUGGCCCCUUGGGUCGAGGACCAGCAAGUUGCUUUCUGGCUGAAGGCUCUCUCCACUGGUGUCCUCGCGAGGACCAAGGAUGUGUGAUCUGGUCGAGGAAUAUCCGAAGGUCUCGCUCUCCCUCAUAUUCCCGACGGUUUGAGCUUCAUGGGUCACUUGAGUUGUACUUUUCUUCGCUCUUGUCUUUUCCCCUCCAUUUCUUCACCUCUAAUCCCUUGAACUCCGAAAUGGGUGGCCCUGCAACAAUAGGAAGUCUCUUCCAUUCUUGCUUUGCCAUUCACCCUCUGCAUCUUUCCUUCCUAUAUUCUCUCGUCCUUUCACACAUUGUGCUUUGAUAGUAUGUUUUCCUUCAUGUGUUUCUUGGAGGGGGGUGGGCGUCAAAUCUGGGUUUAGAAUCUUCGCGUGGUUGCGCAGCGUUUAUUGUCAGCGCCGAGCGGGGGGGUUGGAUGGGCAUGGGAAGUGUAAAACUUUGGGCGGAAGGAUACCGGUGAGCCGAUGGGCAUGAGCUGGGUCUGUUCUUGACGGAUUGAAUGAGUCAAAAACGUUGCAAAACGUUGAACAACAGACAAAGAGGAGGGACUGCUGCCGUUGCGCAAGCUGGGGGGUUUCUCAUCUCCGUUCAGCUCUUUUGUGUUUGCUGAAGCUGCGAGAAGGAAAGAUGAUGGUCACCAUAGGUACAUAUAUUAAUGUGUAACAUUUUUUUUUCUGUAUUUCGUACAAUUUGGCUAUUGGCAUAGCUGCGCCUUUUCAUGACUGGGACAACUCAAAUAGAUGACAUUCGACCUUCUUCAGAUCACACAGUCUCCAAGUAUUACGACACUAUAUG